GUAAAGCCGAGGCCGUUAAACAUUAAAAAAAUAUAUCAAUGGUUGUUCUUGGUUAUUCUGUUUUGAUUAAGUAUUUGUAUUUUAUAUUUUCUAAUUAUUAAUUGCGUUGUGUUGGAUAAAUAAUGCAUUUCCAUGAAAUUCCUACAAAUUUAAUAAGAAAGUAUAUAGCGCAAAGAUUUCAUUUUGUUGAUUGUUUUACAUAGUUUCAAAAAUUAUCUUCAAACGCAUAAAAAUGUUGGGGCGGAAGCAGAGCUUGAAAGGAGAGCCCGUUUUAGCAGAUUAUGGCCCAGAAGAGUCAUUGAAUGAAAGUGCUGAUAUAGAAUGGGUUAAUAAGUUAUGGGUUAGAAGAAUAUUGAGAUCCUGUGCACUUUUGAGUUUAUUAUCAGUAUCAUUGAAUACACCUAAAUCGUUUGAAAAAUAUCCAUACCUGCAAACAGCUACAUUUGCUGUUGAUUGCUGUGUUACUUUAUUGUUUACUGCUGAAAUGAUUGCCAAAAUGCAUAUAAGAGGAAUCCUUAAGGGUGAUGUAGCAUAUUUAAAAGAUCACUGGUGCCAAUUUGAUGCUUCCAUGGUGUUUUUCCUUUGGGUAUCUGUUCUGCUACAAAUGUUUGAACUGACUGCAAUUGUGCCGAGAUACAGUUAUUUAAGUAUAUUAAGAGCCCCGAGACCAUUGAUUAUGAUUAGAUUUUUGAGGGUGUUCUUAAAAUUUUCUAUGCCAAAAUCAAGAAUUAACCAAAUAUUCAAGAGAUCAAGCCAACAGAUAUAUAAUGUGACCCUCUUCUUCCUAUUCUUCAUGUCAUUGUAUAGCUUAUUAGGGGUUCAGUUCUUUGGAGAACUCACUCAUCAUUGUGUAAGAAACACUACCAAUCCAAAUGAGAUUACAAUAAAUUCUUUGGCUAUUCCUGAUACAUUUUGUUCUCCUGACCCUGAUUCAGGAUACCAAUGUCCGGCAGGCAUGACAUGCAUGAAACUAAACCUGUCAAAAUAUAUAAUGGGCUUCAAUGGAUUUGAGGAAUUUGCUACCAGUCUGUUUACUGUAUACCAAGCAUCUUCACAAGAGGGUUGGGUGUUCAUUAUGUAUCGGGCUAUUGAUUCCUUGCCCACUUGGAGAUCAGCACUAUACUUUAGCACAAUGAUCUUUUUCUUGGCAUGGUUGGUUAAGAAUGUUUUCAUAGCUGUAAUUACAGAAACAUUCAAUGAGAUAAGGGUUCAGUUUCAACAGAUGUGGGGUGUGAGGAAUCCAAUAACUAAAGGGAGCACUACUCAGUUUUUCACUGGUGAUGACAAUGGUUGGAAACUUGUAACAAUUGAUGAAAACAAACAUUCAGGUAGACAAUUUUCUCUAUCAGAAGAAAACAUAUUUGAUAGUUUUUUUUUAUUAUCCCCUUUUAACCCGCCAGCACCCGCGCCGUUAGAAAUCACACGAGCUUUCGCGUAUAGAGCAUUUUGCUCACGUUUAUAA